CACACUGGCGGUUACAUUUAGCCGUUAAAAAUAGUCCAAUCAAAUGUCACGCCCGUCAAUAAAUAGUUCCAAUUUCGAAGACCAAACAAAAGAUGGUACCCAAGCAUUUAUUAUGACGUUUACAAGUAAAUACGAUAAUAAUCGUGUCAGAAAACGUGUAAUUUGUAUUCUUAGUAUAAAUACGUUUUUUUCGCGUUUGAAAUAAUCUAAUUAUGAAUCGAAAUUAGUGAGUAUAGUUUAGUAUGAAGACUGCCAAUAUGACCAGGAAUAAGGGACAAGUAUAUAGUGUUGGAAAUUAUCUGAUGACUGGCAAGGUACUGGGAAAAGGACACUUUGCGCGAGUUGAAGAAGCCACGCAUAGGAUAAUAGGAAAAAAGGUGGCUAUUAAGAUCAUAGAUUUAACGUGCAUUAAAGAGGAGUAUGCCCGUCGAAACUUACACCGUGAACCACGGGUUAUGGCGAAGCUACGGCACCCAUGCAUCGCGGCUCUCUACGAAACUAUGAUGCACGGGCCGCGGCUGUACGUGGUGAUGGAGGCGGCGGGCGGCGGCGACCUGUGCGCGCACGUGCUGGGCGCGCGCGGCGCGGCGCGCGGCCUGCCCGAGGGCCGCGCGCGCGCGCUGGCCGCGCAGCUCGUAUCCGCCGUGCGGCACAUGCACGCGCGCGGCGUCGUGCACCGUGACUUAAAAAUGGAAAACAUCAUGUUGGACAGUACUAAGCAAUUCAUCAAAAUAGUCGACUUCGGACUAUCAAACAUGUGGAGCGGCGGGGCGGCGCUGCGGACUCCGUGCGGGUCGCUGGAGUACGCGGCUCCCGAACUCUUCGUGGACGGCCGGCGAUACGGACCUGAAGUCGACUUAUGGAGCAUAGGUGUGAUCGUGUACGGCAUGGUGACGGGCGGCCUUCCGUUCACGGGCGCCGAGGGUGGCGAGAGCAAGUCGCGGCCGCAGCUCCGCGCCGCCAUCUCGCGCGGCUUCACGCGCAAGCAGCGCGCCGCACUCGCCUGCGUCACGCCAGAGUGUAAGGCCUUCAUUCAACAUCUGCUGGAGCCAAACGUAGAGCUCCGGAUGAAGAUAGAGGAAGCAUCUCGACAUCGCUGGGUGCGGAGACCUGGCAUGAGGAUGAAGACACACCCGUUCGGCACUAUAGACCCGGUCGUCAACAGAGAGAUAUACAGACAGAUAUCGGAGCUGUGCACGAUGCCAGUGAUAGACGUGGUGGCGGAGAUAAAGUCGGAGCCGUUCGGGCCCCUGGGCGGCAUGUACAACAUCAAGUGCCACCUGCAGCAGGCGGCGGCCGCCGGCACCGAGCUGCUGUGGGGGGCCGCCGCGCCCGAGCCGCGCCCGCGGACCCCGCCCCCCUACCGCGCGCCCGACCCGCGCCAGCCCGACCCCGAACGCGCCACCACCUCCGCCGCCCACCACCGACCCCCGACGACCUCGCCUCCGAAAAUACAAGUAGUCACGCAAAAAAUACGAAUCCCGAGCACUCCACCGCCGCGACCGGUCGACCCUAAAUAUGUGAACGGAAACGUCGAGCCGCAAAUAAAAACUACCCCGAAGGUGUCCAUUCCGGAGCGAGCCGGCAAGAAGAGCCAGCUGCAGAGCCCGCGGUCCGCGAGCCGCCCGCCGGCCAGCCUGUACGGAGUGAAGAAGCCCGUGUACCGAGUGUACGACAGCGGAGACUGCGGCCUCGACCCGCGCCUGCCCAGCAUCGACGAACAUUCCAACUCCGAGGUCAACGAUGCCAAGAAGUUGACGAGGAGUAAAAAUGUGAGGAUGCCGUGCGUCAGGAAAGUGAGCCUGGACGAGGACCGGCCGCUCAGGCACAACAGCUGCCCCACCAGGCUCGGGGACAAGCGCGCAGAGUUCUACAGGAAGGCAGGCGAUGGACUACCCAGUUGGCGAGCUAGCGGCACGAUGGGGACGCCGCCACCCAGAAUCUUACUGCAGAAUAAUGCCACAACCAUCAAACGGGCCUCCUUAGGGAGCAUCGUGUCGCCGCACUCGUCGUCCAACAGCCAGUGCCGCAGCGAGCGCGCCAUGCCGGUGGGCUGGUACUCGCGCGCGCCCAAGGACGGCCCGCUGCAGCGCCUGCGCCGCACCGCGCCCAUGAAGUGACGUCACGGAGCGCUCCGCCACGCACUACGCUAACCGCGCGACGCUAGCGCGCGAUUAGUCGGCAGUGUGCAGCGGACCUUAGUCAAAAUUUCGCGUUCUACCCUCGAUGUAAUGUUAAGCGAAUGAAGCACUUUUACUAUAUACUACGCUCGACUUCCAAGUAAUCUUUUUUGGACUAGUAUUUUUUGUUACGUUUAUAAUAUAAUGAGUUUUACAUUUUAAAUACUAAAUAAUAGAGUGUUAUGUUAUGCUUGUUGCAUGUAUUUUAUUGAAAGAUUAAUAUAAGAUGUGCAUUACCA